GCGGCGGCGCCCCAAGAUGCCGCCCACCCUGUUCCAGAAGCUCUUCAACAAGAAGCACGGGCUCAUCUCCCCGGCCAGGGACGCCCGGGACGACUGUGUCUUCAGCUGGCCUUUGCCGGAGUUUGACCCAAGUCAGAUCCGACUGAUUGUGUAUCAGGACUGCGAAAGAAGAGGACGGAAUGUCUUAUUUGACUCCAGUGCUAAAAGAAAAAUAGACGAUGUUUCGGUGUCGAAACUCUGCAGCGAUGCUCAGGUGAGAGUUUUUGGGAAAUGUUGCCAACUGAAGCCUGGAGGAGACAGCUCUUCUUCCUUGGAUAGUUCAAUCAAUUCAUCCUCCUCGUUCUCUGAUCCAAAAGAACAAUGCCCAAAAUACCAGGGUUCUCGGUGCUCCUCAGAUGCUAACAUGCUUGGAGAGAUGAUGUUUGGCUCUGUGGCUAUGAGCUACAAGGGCUCCACAUUGAAAAUUCACCAGAUCCGCUCACCUCCUCAGCUCAUGCUCAGCAAGGUUUUCACAGCUCGCACUGGAAGCAGCAUCUACGGAAGUCUGAAUACGUUGCAGGACAGUCUUGAGUUCAUUAAUCAAGACAGCAAUACAUUAAAGCCUGACCACAGUACAAUUAUGAAUGGACUUCUUGGGAAUAUAGGUCUUUCACAGCUUUGCAGCCCUAGGCGGGCAUUCUCAGAGCAAGGUCCGCUCCGCCUGAUCCGGAGCGCCUCUUUCUUUGCAGUUCAUAGCAACCCUAUGGAUAUGCCUGGGAGGGAGCAGAAUGAGGACAGAGACAGCGGUAUAGCAAGAUCUGCAUCUCUUAGCAGUCUGCUCAUCACUCCGUUUCCAUCUCCGGGCUCUUCGUUUAACAAAAGCUGUGCUAGCAGUUAUCAGCGGCGUUGGCGUCGCAGUCAGACUACCAGCUUGGAGAAUGGGGUGUUCCCUCGAUGGUCCAUGGAUGAAAGCUUUAACUUGUCAGAUGACAGCUCUGGUCCUAGCCCAGGAAUUGUUAGGAAGAAAAAGAUAGCAAUUGGAGUUAUUUUUUCACUCUCAAGAGAUGAAGAUGAAAACAACAAAUUUAAUGAGUUCUUCUUCUCACACUUCCCUCUUUUUGAGAGUCACAUGAACAAACUGAAGAGUGCAAUAGAACAGGCUAUGAAAAUGAGUCGUAGAUCAGCUGAUGCCAGUCAGCGGAGUUUGGCAUAUAACAGAAUUGUUGAUGCCCUUAAUGAAUUCAGAACGACUAUCUGCAAUCUCUACACGAUGCCACGGAUUGGGGAGCCUGUCUGGCUUACUAUGAUGUCGGGGACACCUGAAAAGAACCAGCUUUGCCAUCGCUUCAUGAAGGAAUUCACUUUCUUGAUGGAAAAUGCUUCUAAAAACCAGUUUUUACCAGCUUUACUGACUGCAGUCCUGACUAACCACUUGGCCUGGGUCCCUACCGUCAUGCCGAAUGGCCAGCCGCCUAUAAGAAUCUUCCUGGAAAAGCAUUCUUCCCAGAGCGUGGACAUGCUGGCCAAAACUCAUCCGUACAACCCACUGUGGGCACAGCUCGGUGACCUGUAUGGGGCUAUUGGAUCACCUGUGAGAUUAGCGAAAACAGUUGUGGUUGGCAAAAGGCAUGACCUGGUACAGAGAUUGCUUUAUUUCCUUACUUACUUCAUCAGAUGCUCUGAACUUCAAGAGACGCAUCUUCUAGAAAAUGGGGAAGAUGAAGCCAUUGUCAUGCCUGGAACUGUUAUAACUACCACGCUGGAGAAAGGAGAAGUAGAAGAAUCUGAGUAUGUGCUUGUCACAAUGCACAAGAACAGGGGCAACUUGCUACCGACGGAGUCUGAAGAAAUGAGAACUCCUAACUGUAGCUGUAAAUAUUGCAAAUGUCCGAUUUCCCUUGCACAAAACAUAGAAGGUGUUUCACAGCAAGAGAGAGAAGACGCACAAAACACUCCUAAGGUAGAGCUGGAAUCUUCUUCAGAUGAGAACAGAACUAUUGUUCCCGACGAUUGCCAGGAAGAUGCUGUUGAUGUUAAGCAACCGAGACCCUGCCUGGACACAAAACUAGAGACCGUGGUGUGCACAGGGUCAGCUUCACCAGAAAAACGUGCAGUGACGGAAUCUGGUUUGGAGCCAACAGCAAACGUGUGGAGGAGCGAAGACUCACUGGAAUCGGGCAACCAGGCGGUCAGUGUAACGAGGUCACCCGGUAUUGCUGUGGAGAAGAAGCCGCCGGAUAAGCUCUUCUGCGAUGCCUUUCCUUGCAGUGCUGCCGAAGCUCAGACAAAGGUGACUUUCCUCAUCGGCGAUUCCAUGUCGCCCGAUUCAGACAUCGAACUUAGAAGUCAGGCAGUAGUGGAACAAAUUGCUAGGCAUCACAGCCCACCAGCAACAGAGGAAGGAGUGUCUGCUGAUCAGAACUGUGGAGCUAAACAAACUGUUGAGGACCAAAACAGAGACUGUGGGACGGCCGAACCCUUUCCUCAAGUUGCUGCUGAGCAUCAGAGCUGGAAUCCAAAUCCGUACAACGCUGAGAGCAUGAGUCUGUUUGACGAAUAUUUUACUGAUGACAGUUCAAUUGAAACCCGGACUAUUGAUGAUAUUCCAGGGCAAGCAGCUACAGACCUUCUUGCUCACAACAGUAGUUUAGAGUUUUCUAAAAAGCUCUGUACAAAGACUAGCAAACCAGCUAGCGAGUUUUGUAGAUUUAUGGACUCUGUUCGACAAGAGACCUACAAAAACUGCUUUAAUGAGCAGGACCAAAGAGAGAAAAUCUCUAUUCGCGUCCCCCAUGGGGACAGAGAAAACGUAGAGAAAAAAGUCACCCCGGGAAUUGAUUGGGACAUUCCAAGAAAUGAGAGUUCAGAUAGUGCCCUGGGUGACAGUGAAAGUGAGGAUACAGGUCAUGAUCUAACUAGACCAAGCGGUAACUAUUAUGGAGGAGAGCAAGAAGAUUGGGCAGAAGAAUAUGAGAUUCCUUUUCCUGGGUCAAAAUUAGUUGAAGUGAACUCUGUCCAGCCCAGUAUUGCCAAUUUUGGAAGAUCCUUACUAGGUGGCUACUGUUCAUCUUAUGUCCCUGACUUUGUUUUGCAAGGAAUAGGAAGUGAUGAAAAGCUGAGGCACUGUUUGGUGUCAGAUUUGUCUCAUGCUGUGCAGCAUCCUGUUCUGGAUGAACCGAUUGCAGAAGCUGUCUGCAUUAUUGCAGACACGGACAAAUGGACGGUGCAAGUGGCCAGUAGCCAGAGACGAAUGAUUGAUAAUAAGCUGGGAAAAGAAGUGUUAGUCUCGAGUCUUGUCUCCAACCUGCUUCAUUCCACUCUUCAGCUUUACAAGCAUAAUUUAUCUCCAAACUUUUGUGUUAUGCACCUGGAAGAUCGGCUGCAGGAGCUCUAUUUCAAAAGCAAGAUGCUGUCCGAGUAUCUCAAGGGCCAGAUGAGAGUUCACGUCAAGGAGCUGGGCGUGGUGCUGGGGAUUGAAUCCAGCGACCUCCCUUUACUGGCAGCUGUAGCAAGCACUCACUCUCCGUAUGUUGCCCAGAUACUGCUUUAAAAUGCCAGAGGCCGCAGACGUUGACUUUUUUCCCCCUCUGGAAAUAAAGUGGAAGACAACUUGUUCUGGCUCCUUUCUCUUUGAAGCAACUAAAACAAACUGUUCGUUGAGCUGCUGCAGCACCUCCAUAUAUGACUGCACGUUAUGCAAACAGUUGGAGACUUUUCCUCUCCCACUUGGUCAUUUAUAAGAAAGGAUAAAGAAAGGAAAAAAAAAAAAAAAGAGUAAGCCCGAGAUUUCAGCCACAGAAAAGCAAAGAUUUUAGCAAAAGCUGAAGAUCUGCAUUUUUUAUCAGUUUCUGUAACUGUAAUUUAUACUGGGGAAUGCAAGGAAGAACUGCUUUGAGAAAUAUCUGAUGCUAUUGCCAAUUAUAAACUUAACAAGAGAAGACUGGCUUCUACUGAUUAGGAUCUCGUUAAGAUCUGUAAUUCUCAAGCUGCAAUGAUUUGUAAACAACUUCUACUUUUUCAUGUCAUAGUCAAAUCCUGGAUACUUCCCAGAGGAAG